ACUGUGUAAACGAGAACUGUUGAAAGUCUGUGUAGAACAUUAAGAGUUCUCCUUCAAGAUCAGAGAUGGCUUUUAACAAGAAUACAUCUUUUUCAUCAUCAUCUUCAUCGUCCUCGGUUGUGGAUGAAAUGUCAGAGAUGUCGCUGAGGAACACAUCUCUGGACUCAUCCGACGAGGAUGUUUCCUCCAGUCACUGUACCGACAGGCUUGUGAAAAAUCAACUGCUGAUGAACAAAUUCCUGGACCUUCAAUACAGAGCCCGAGAGCGCCAAGAGGAGUUUCAGUCACUGCUGGAGCGAUUUAACUAUAUACAGGAAUCUCUAGAAUGGGAGAUUGAAAAAGUGGAGAAAUCCAUGGUCAACAUGGAGUGGCUGGAGGACUUGCAGAAGAUCGUUGAUGAGUUCCAGGCCAAUAUGGCAUACAAUGUGAGCCGCCUUCGAGAGAGCUUCAGAAAAAUGCAGGAGGUUGCCUCGAAAAAAGUUCUGACCGUGAAGGCUAAAGGUAAACCAAGAAAAGAUCUGGAUGCCAAAACAGUUAAAAGCAUUCAGUCUCUGCCGACUUGUCCCACGGUAGCACAAUUGAAGGAAAAUUCAACUGUUGCAUCAACAUACUCAUCAAACCUGAUCAAUGCCUUGAAUAACAUCGCCAAAUCACCCUCCUGCAGUCCAGCCACAAGUAAGGCACUAAAACUAUCAGCAGGGACCAUUGAAAACCUCAACAAGGCAUUUCAAGAUCACUGCUUGGAAAUUAAGACUCUCAAGACACCUCAGAAACAGAGCAAGGUGAUUCAAGAUGUGAACAGAGAAAUCUUAGUUUCUCCUGUGCACCAAAAUAGAUCUGCAGGUCAGCAGCAGAAGGUGCAGAAAUUUCCUGUGAAACCCAAGGCAGAUGCUUUUGGUUUCCCUCAGGUCAAAGAGCUUGUACGGGAGACAAAUGUCGAAGUGUUGCCUUUAGAUAGACCAGUGGUAACAUUAGACACAGCUCCAAAAGACCUCCAGAGUCCAUCUGCUGAUGGCCCGUUUCCUCCUGGCCUUGACAGGACUUUUGCUCUCCCCAAGGUCACACGAUCUGUCGAGGAGACAAAAGUUUCCACAGAGCAAGAGGCAAACGUCAAAUCAUUUGAAGAGACACAAGUUGAUGCAGAGACAAUGGAGAGAACAGAGACAUCAUUUGAAGAGACGAUGGCUCAGAAAAACCUUAAGUGUCCAUUUCCUCGUAGCUUCCAUCGUCCGUCCCCCGUCAGAUCUUCUGCUCUUCCUCAGAUUUUGCAGUCUGUGGAGGAACCAGAAGUUGAUACGGAGACAAUGGAGAUAACAGAGACACCAUUUGAAGAGACAAUGGUUCAGGAAGACCUCCAAAGUCCAUUUCCUCGUAGCUUCCAUCGUCCGUCCCCCGUCAGAUCUUCUGCUCUUCCUCAGAUUUUGCAGUCUGUGGAGGAACCAGAAGUUGAUACGGAGACAAUGGAGAUAACAGAGACACCAUUUGAAGAGACAAUGGUUCAGGAAGACCUCCAAAGUCAAUUUCCUCAUAGCUUUCAACGUCCAUCCCUCGACAGAUCUUUUGCUCUUCCUCAGAUUUCACAGUCUGUAGAGGAGACAAAAGUUUGUGCUAUGUCAGCGGAAGGACGUCAGAGUCUGUCUUCUGUCCACACCCAUCCUUCCUCGUCUGUGAAACUGCCCAAAAUUCAGACUCAAGUAAAGCCUUCACUUCAGAAGUCUGAGAAACCCGAGCCUCGCAAAUAUGAUUCUGCAGUCUCGGGCAGCAUUGAGGAGCAGUACAAGAAGAACAGCGAGGAGGACGGAGACAAACUGUUUCAUGCAAGCAUGAGAGAACCAUCAUUCAUAAUUGACAUCAAAGCUCAAGAAAACAACCUCCAGAAGCUGGAUCGAGCUUUUCAAAAGAACAACAUUUCCUCUGAAAUAUACAACCUGUGCAGAGGAACCGUCAAUCAGACACUUAAGAGUGUUGAGCUGCGUCUCGGAUGUCUUUUACGGAGAUACAUCAAACAUGUCCAAAUGAAGCAAUUAAGGAAGACGCUCGAUGGAAAUUUCAAGGCGACCAGAAAUUUAAGGGAUGGACUGGAGUUCAAAAAAGUCCAUUCUCAGCUCUGCAAGUUUGACCGUUUCCAGCAGAGUGUAAACAAAAUCUGGGACGCCAAGCAAGCCUCCACCGAUGAGACACGAGGACUCUGCAUCGCACGGACGGCCCAUUUAUACCAGCAGGUGAAUGCGGUGCAUGGCCUACAUCUGGCAGGCAUAUCAUUUGAGCAAAGGCAUGUAUCACUUCCUCUGCUCACUGUGACACCCGUGCGGUUCAGCUCCAAUCUGCGUCCAUCUCCUCCUCGGGGACCGCGAACUUCACCCAGCAGAGCCAGUCCAGCACGUCAUCCUCAAAUCCACCCCAAACCUCUGAACCACACGACCAGGAACACACCAGGCAGUUUCCUGAAGAUCAGUCACAUUCAAUAAUGAUGGCCAGUGUCAACAUAAUGGCUUGUAUCUGAACCCAAGAAGAGAUUAUUGAAAUGUCACAAAGAUAAAACAAAAGCGAGGACGCAUCAGGAACAGACUCUGGAUAAAACAGAAGCACCGGCCUGUAGACAUAGGAAGAUGGUUUCAUUUACAUUUGUUACACUGCACUGCUCAGUCAGCGGUUAUUGACAUCUAAAUGUAGCCAUUGAUUGGUUAACCCAUAUUAGUGAUUUCAAGCUUUGCCAGUCAAAUAGCCUAUGUUAUAUUAAGGAAGAGCUAUGUCUUAAUCAGUGUAUAUAUAUAUUUUUUUAAGCUUAUAUUGCAAUAAAUAUAUAAAUAAACAUAUGAAUA